AUGAAGCUCAAGGUUACGGCCGCAUUGGGGCUGCUGUCUUCACUACCAGGCGCUGUCUGUAGUAGCUCUUCUGGAAAGAAUGAUCGUAUUACCAAUGCAUUGAACAGACAUCAAAGCGGUCAUGGUCCACGAAAGGCCGCAGCUAGCUCGACUAGUCUGUACGAGACCAGAUUUGAUGGACUGACUUGGGAUGAUAACAAUUGGAUACUCCAAACUACUACUCUGGACCAGGGUCGUUACCAAUCGCGUGGCUCUGUUGCAAAUGGUUACCUUGGUAUUAGCGUGGCUAGCGUUGGCCCUUUCUUUGAAGUCGACAUCGAAGAUAAUGGCAAUGAGAUUGAUGGCUGGCCUCUAUUUGCUCGUCGUCAGACUUUCGCUACCAUAGCUGGGUUUUUUGACUCACAGUCUACCACCAAUUCCACCAAUUUCGGCUGGCUGUACCAAUAUGGAUGGGACAGCGUUAUCAGUGGUGUCCCACACUGGGGCGGGCUGAUUCUGGACCUGGGAGAUGAUACCUAUCUGGAUGCCAGUGUGGACAACAGCACGAUCAAGAACUUCCAUUCUAUGUACGACUUCAAGGCCGGAGUUUUGUCCUGGUCGUACGACUGGGUUCCCAAAGGUGAUAAAGGAUCUUUUGCGAUCACAUAUCGCCUCUUUGCGAACAAGCUCAACGUCACCCAAGCUGUGGUGGAUAUGGAAAUCACUCCUUCUCAAGACUCUGACGCAACAGUGGUCAACAUCAUCGAUGGGAAGUCAGCUGCACGCACUGAUUUCGCUGAAUCGGGACAAGACGACAGUGCUAUCUUCACGGCCGUUCGACCCUGGGGAAUCUCCAAUGUCACAGCGUACGUCUAUGCGAAUUUGACAGCCUCAAAUGGGGUUGACUUGUCUUCGCGUGCCCUGAUUACCGGUAAGCCCUACAUGAGCGACAACAAGUCCACUAUCGCGGAGGCCGUUCCAGUCAAGUUUGCAGCCAAUGAGGCGGUUCGCGUCACCAAGUUCGUUGGGGCUGCUUCUUCGGACGCUUUUCAGAACCCACGGCAAAUUGCGAAGAACGCGGCAUCGGCAGCGUUGGUGGCUGGGUAUCAAAAGUCCCUGACAUCUCACGUAUCAGAAUGGGCAAGUGUUAUGCCUGAUGAUUCUGUUGAACACUUUGUCGACCCUGCAACUGGAAAGCUGCCAGAUGACGAUCAUAUCAUCGAUUCGGCCAUUAUUGCCGUCGCGAAUACGUACUACCUUCUGCAGACUACUGUAGGACCACGCGCCAUUGCGGCCGUCUCUGGGGCGCCGGUGAAUAGGGAUAGUAUUGCGGUUGGUGGACUUACUUCCGAUGCAUAUGCAGGCCAGAUUUUCUGGGAUGCCGAUGUUUGGAUGCAGCCUGGCCUUGUUGCAUCCCACCCAGAGUCUGCUCAGCGUGUAACCAACUACCGAGUCGCCAAAUUCGAACAAGCGCAGGCGAACAUCGAAACAGCCUUUGCUGGCUCGAAGAACCGCACCAAGUUCGAGCCAUCGGCAGCAAUUUAUCCCUGGACGAGUGGUCGAUUUGGUAAUUGCACGGCAACUGGUCCAUGCUGGGACUACCAGUACCAUUUGAACGGCGAUAUUGGUCUCUCCAUGAUUUAUGAGUGGGUUGCAAGCGGUGAUACGCCUCAUUUCCGUGACAACCAUUUCCCAGUUUACGAUUCAGUGGCAACACUCUAUUCGAACUUAGUGGAGCGAAAUGGAUCGACUUGGACUUUGACUAAUAUGACUGAUCCGGAUGAAUAUGCCAAUCAUGUUGAUGCAGGUGCUUUCACGAUGGCCAUGAUUUCUGAAACGCUGGAAAAUGCCAACAUUUUCCGCGAGAAGUUCGAUCAAGAGACGAACGAAACCUGGUCCGAAAUAUCAGACAACGUGCUUAUGAUCCAAGAGAACGACGUGACAUUGGAAUACACCACGAUGAACGGGACUGCUGUGGUCAAACAAGCCGACAUAGUGCUUAUGACCUAUCCUCUGGCCUACGACAGCUACAGCCAUGAAACCGCACUGAACGACCUGGACUACUACGCCAUCAAGCAAUCGGCUGACGGCCCAGCUAUGACCUGGGCAAUCUUUUCUAUUGUUGCCAGUGACAUCGCCCAAUCUGGCUGUUCGGCGUACACCUACCACCAGUAUUCAUACAGCCCGUAUGCACGAGCACCAUUCUACCAGCUGUCCGAGCAGAUGAUCGACGACCCCAACGUCAACGGCGGCACUCAUCCUGCCUUUCCCUUCCUGACCGGACACGGCGGUGCCAACCAAGUAGCCCUCUUUGGCUACCUGGGUCUCCGCCUGGUCCCAGACGACAUCCUCCACAUCGACCCCAACCUCCCGCCCCAAAUCCCCUACGUGAGGUACCGCACAUUCUACUGGCAUGGAUGGCCCAUCUCCGCACACUCCAACUACACACAUACGACCAUCCAGCGCGCAAAGGACGUCCCAGCCAUGAAAACCGCAGACCGACGAUUCGCCAACUCCACCAUAUCCGUCCACGUCGGCGAAGCUCAAAACUCAACGGUCUACACCCUCCCCUUAACUUCUUCUCUAACCAUCCCCAACCGUCAAACCGGCACCAUCCCAACCAUAGACGGGAACCUGGUCCAAUGCAGACCCGUUUACUCCCCUGAUGACUUCGAACCGGGCCAGUUCCCGAUCUCCGCCGUGGACGGCGCCAAUUCCACGAAAUGGCAACCUUCUACUUCGAACCUGACCUCUCUCACUGUGACGCUCUCCGACGCGGAGAUCAAAUCUAACUCUCUCGUCUCGGGAUUCCAUUUCGAUUGGUCCGGUUCGCCGCCUGUCAACGCGACGGUGAUUUUCCAUGAUGAGUUCAUCGAGAACCCGGCGACGGCAGUCCUCGAGAACUCGAACUCGCCUCGGCAUAACCUUGUGUCUCAGUUGACGAAUAUUAAGCUAUCCGAGCCGUAUUCCGCUUUGAAGAAUUAUAAUGAAGUUACUACCCCGGUCGGGAAUGAAACCACGUUCCAGCUUGAAAAUCCCGUGCCGGUAUCUCGCUAUGCGACGUUGUUGAUCUCAGGAAAUCAGGCCCAGGACGAUGAAGAGAAGGGCGCUACGGUUGCGGAGUGGGUGAUUCUGGGACAAGACCAGGGGUCGUCAGACAAGAAAGAUGGGGUGAGAAAGUUGAGUGUGAAAAAUGCGGUUGCGUUGGAGAGAGGGUUGGGAAGACGCAGAUAUUAA